UCUUAAUGAACCCCUUACAUCUCAGCUCUCCAGCACUGGACAUACAUUUAUUCAUGCACAUAAUUUGUACUUUGUUAUAAAAUGUCUUUUCUGUUUGUACUUUGAGAAAAUCAUGAUAAUUUGUAGUGUCUCGUCCUAUUCUGUUAGUCAUAUCAUUGCAUUUGUUCUGUAAAUAUCAUUGUAUGCUCAUGGUUUAUACAAAAUUAUGGCAGUCACUAACGAUAGCACAGCUGAGGUUUUGUUGAUAUAUCAACAAUUGUAUCAGGUUGCACUGACUGAAGGGCCGAUAUCAAAAGUUAGUGUUGCAACAAUAAUGUCACUGUUCUUUACUUAUUUGAAUGCUAUCAUGGUCUACACUCUUUGGAGCAAGCCUGUUUUUAAAGAGACUCCACGCUACAUUCUGUUUACCCACAUGCUUCUUAAUGACUCAAUUCAGCUCCUUAUUACCUCCUUGUUGUAUAUUUUUGGUCUAGCCUAUCUCAAGCUAGUCAUGGCUGCCUGUGCUUUUAUGGUUUUUGUUUCAGCUACAACUUUCAAUAACGCACCUUUAAACCUGGCUGUGAUGUCACUAGAGCGUUAUGUGGCUAUACGCUUUCCUCUAAGACAUGCUGAAAUAGCCACUCAGAAAAGAACACAUAUUGCUAUCGGAGUCAUUUGGUUUAUAGGUUCCAUAAACUUCAUAAUUGACUUGUUUUAUGGAGUUGUGAUGGAUUCUAACUAUUUAACUUUACAAAUGUUCUGCACAAGAGAAAGGCUAUUCAUAAAACAAUGGCAGGUAGAUGUUUAUCGGGGCUUUAACAUAUUCUACUUUGUGUCAGUGACUAUGAUCAUCCUUUUCACUUAUAUCAGCAUUUUGAUCACAACCAGGUCCAUCUCCUCCAAUAAAGACUCUGCUACGAAAGCCCAUAAGACUGUGCUGCUGCACCUCAUUCAGCUGGGCCUGUGUCUUACCUCUUUUCUCUACAGCAUUAUGGAGCGAGCUGCAGCAAUGGCCGGCAGCAGCAGCCUCUUCUUGGACCUGCGUUAUGUAAACUAUUUAUUUGUGCUGAUUUUGCCACGCUGCCUAAGCCCACUCAUCUACGGACUGAGAGACGAUGCUGUACGGCCCUUAUUCAUCUACUACUUCCGCUUUGCCACAGGCAAACGCACGUCUACAGUCAAUGUACACUGAAUUAAAGCCAUUUGUUCAAAUGCUUAAGCAUACCAUUUGAAUGUUAUGUUUACUGUUAAGGAGACACAUGUAAAAACACAUUGUAAGAGUGGUUAUACAUAGUUCCCUUGUAGCUCAAAGGUUCCACUCUGCUAGGUGUUGUGGUUCAACUUUGUCAAACACAGUUAAUACUAUUCAGCCAUGUGCCAUGUACAUAAAGCUGAACACUAAGUGUCUGCAUGAGAAUUAAAAAAGAGCUGUG